AUGGGAAAGUUUGAAUUGGACGUGGAUGUAGAUCAACAACAAGAGCAAGGUGGUGUAAUAGAACAGCCACAGCUUAGUGGACAGGAGAUCCAACGCUGCAUAACGUCCUUAGAACAUGCCACUCACUGCAGAGAGCCCACAUGUCAACGUGCAAGUUGUGCCAAGAUGAAGCGUGUUGUGGAACACACUAAAACUUGCAGGGGAAAAACGGGCAGUGGAUGCCGAAUUUGUCAAGGGCUUAUUCAUCCUUGUUGUUAUCACGCAAAGUGCUGUUUAGAAAGGGAGUGUGUAGUACCGUUCUGUCGGCAUAUCAAACGCAAGCUCAGACAACCACAGGUGAAGCAGAGGUUUGCUCAGGCUGAGACUCUUCGUCGUCAUGUAUGGCCAUGA